CAGCAUGGCCGCCUGUCAAAAUUUGUAAAUAAAAAGGCAGCAGAAUUAUUGAGCGUUAUUACGAACAUUCUGUGGUUUUUUCUUUCUUCAAAACAUUGUAAGCCUAAUUCAUCUUUGUUGACAAUUAAUGUCAGUACACAGUACACAUACAAUUCCUGGUGUAGCUGUUGUAAGCUGGUGACUACUGAACCAUUAUGGGCGUACGAGGAUUAUCUACCCUUGUCGAUGACAACAAGAAUUUACUUCUGGCCGACCACAGACUGUAUGAUACGCGAGUUAUAAUAGACGGAUCCAACCUAUAUCAUUUUCUUUACUACCACUACAAAGUUGCUGUUCAGUAUGGCGGAGAUUACGACCAUUAUGCAAGGAAAUGCAAACGCUUCUUUAACACCCUCACAGCAUGCAAUGUUAGACCAUAUGUUGUGUUUGAUGGAGGAUAUGACCCAGAUGACAGAAAACUGCCAACAGUUUUGGAAAGAAUGGAAAACAGAAGAACAAGAGCUGCUAAUAUUUGUAUCAAGGGUCGUGGGUGCAUUCUCCCUCUGUUGGCGUAUGAGACAUUUCAUUUAGUGCUGAAGGAGCUUGGUAUUCCGCAUGUGUCAUGUGUGUAUGAGGCUGAUAGGGAAAUAGCUGUGUUGGCAAACAAGUGGAAAUGCCCUGUUAUGAGUAAUGACAGUGAUUUCUUUGUUUUUGGAAUGGAUGGGGGAUUUGUGCCAUUAGAUUAUAUGAACCUUACGCUUUGUGUCUUUAACCAAGAAACAGAGGUGGCUUCAGUUUUGGAGCCUGGUCAAAAACUUGGGAAGAAUGAAUAUUGUUACAUCCCCGUCAAGUAUUAUAACUAUGAGAUGUUCACAAAACAUUUCAAGAAAUCUGACACCUCUUUCAUUCUGCCACUUUUUGCAACUUUGACAGGCAAUGACUACAUCAAUGCAUCUGUUCUGGCCAACUUCUAUGCCAGUAUUCAUGUGCCAAAGAACCCUAGCAAGAAGGGUUUUAAGUUUAACACCCAGACACACAUGUUAGCAGUUUUGUAUUGGCUAGAUUCUGUAGAAUCAUGGGAGUAUGCUAUUCAGCACGUGGUUGGUCACAUCAAGUCCGAUGAGAAAGAACUGGUGAGGGGGAUGGUCUUGACAUCUUUUCACAGUUACAUGAACAUUGAUGACUUUUCUGAUGUUGAAAUUGAUAUUAUUCUUGAGGCUCAGAAUGUAAAAACUGGCAAUGAAAUUGAAAACAAAGAUGUGCCAAAACUGACUGAUUUUUUCAAGCAAGAGAUUCCAUCUUGGUUUGUCAAGAAGCUAAGGAACUGUGAGAUUACAGGCUUUUUCCUUCAGAAUGUUGUUGUAAACCAUAGGGUCAUAUUCAAUUGUCAGAUUGAGAUUUUAAGGGAACUAUCAACUUACGCCUGUUCGAGGGACUUUAGAAGUGUGAUAUAUGGAGUGACUAUGAAUUCAAAAAGGAAAGAAAAUGAAGCAUUCAAAGAUUCAAGAAAAAAUAGUAUUGAAGAAUAUGACAGGGACAUUAAGAAUACUAAAAAGUAUUAUGUAAGGCCUCAAACAAGUGUUAUCAAUGAUGCAAUAGUCCAAUCACUUCCAAGCAUUUCUCAAGUGCCAGAUUUGGACCAAUCGGAGAGGAAAAAUAUCUUGUUUGGUGCACUUGGCUUUAAUAUGAGCACCAUAGAUGUUGAAAAUGAUUCUUCCUUGACAUUGCUUGGAAUAUUGAGUUACUGGAUAGGACAUGCGCAGCCUCAGGUAACCGAGAGUCAUCUUUGGUCCGUGAUACUGUCCGUGUUCGUGCUUCAUAUUCGGGCUCUCCAGUGGCUUGAAGAUAAGAGAGGAUUUGGCUUACAACCGGUUGUUCCAGAGAUGCUUUCGGAUGUUGUUAAAGCAAUAGAAAGCGCAUCAGACAAAGAAAUAGACAAUUUCAUGAAACACAUGGAAAAAAAUCGUUCCAAGCCUGAUCACUCUUCAAAAAACCCUCAAGAAAUGCGAGUUAUCCAUGGUUUCUCACAAUUUCAAGCUUGUUUGGUUGAUGUAAUCUAUUUAAAUCAAGUGCUCCUCUCUCCUGUAGUGAUACCUAGCCCGGGAGUCAUACUUAACUGCACUUUUGUUUACAACCUUUGCAGAGACUUGGAGACUCGUCCAAAACCAGACUUUUACUCAGAAGAAAUUCUGACAAAAGAAUCGCCCCUACACAGACUGUUUUUAUUAUGGAAAGACUCUGUGAUAAACCUGUGCCAAUCCGCUUCACCGGACAGUUUUGAUUACAGCAAUCGAGGGACUAGUGUGAGAACCAAGAAGAAAUCAAAAUCAGGUAAAGCAAAAAAAGGGAAGCGAGACAGAGUUGUUGAAGAUGCUGGAUCCAAUUCAGAUUCUACUGACAAAGAUGCAGAAACAAGAGAUGAACUGACUGUAAACUGUGAUGUUAACAACAGAUUUGCCAUGUUGGGUCUUGAUGAAUAGCUUGAAGCAAAUAAUUUUUAUGAUUCAUGUUUUGUUUAAUAAGAGUGUUGCUUUGCCGUGGGUUUUGUUUGGUACACAUAAAGUGAGUUUGCAUAGAUUUAAGUGAGGUUUUUAUCUCAUCUAAUUUUCGAAGAAAGAAAAUGGGAUGUUCUCAUUGUGUCAGCGUUGUCAUCAUGAACUUUGAGUGGUGCUCUUGUCUAAAUCUGCAACAAAAAAUUGAAUUUUAUUAAAUGCAUACAGUAAUUAAACACUGACUUAAUGACUGUUCUUAUGCACACAAGCCUCAUCCUUUCCCGCAUGACUAGAAUAUGGACCUUGAAAUUGUCCAUAUUGCUAUUAUACGGCUUGUGAACACAAAAGAGGCUAAAGCCUUUAUUUUUUUCUGAUCUUUACCAAACUGUAACCUUGAUUUCUUUCAAAAACCAGCCAGAUCUGCCAAUGCAUGACUGGAUUAUGGUCCCUAUUUAUCAUACGACAUAUACUUGACUUGUACACUAGUUAGAUAUUGACUUAAGGACGGUUCCUUUCAAAAACCAACCAUAUCCCCCUUGCAUGACUGGGUUACGGGCACUUGCAACUGAUGGAAUUGAAAAUGACCAAAAAAACAAUGCCAGAGCAUAGGCCCUCACGAGCCUCUUGUUUUAUGUUGCAUCUUAUGAGAAUUUCACAUUUAUGUAAUCAGUGGCGUAGCUACAUGUAGGCCUGGGACUACAACUUUUUUUUAAAAUGACAAAUUUAGAACAACACUUUGAACAACUCAAUAGUUUGUUUUAUUUCAACCAAGCAACUUUGGUGUUGAUUUAAGCUACUUGAUUUUAUUGUAAUCAGUGCAAGAAUAAUUAAGUGUGUCUAAUGUACAUAUAAAAGUCCCCAAACUCACAUAGAAUCAUCGGGCCUACAAGUUGUUAAGGUCCUAGCUAUGCCCCUGGAAAUAGCAAAGAAAUUAGAUGUAAAUAUUUAUUACAGUAAACCACAUUUAACUUUGCCUUGUUAGGUAUUAUUGAACAAUAGAAUAUAAAUCAUCACAACAUAUUGAUAUAUGAAUUAUAUCAGUAUUUUUUUUAUUCUAGGCUCAUCUGUUUCGGAAGAAGAAAAUGUCAAGAAAUUGUGAAAGCCUUAAUACAAGAGUUUUUGCCUAUUAAUCAAUGAAAAAACUUACAUUUGGUCCAACAACAGACAUUGUGUUAAUUCAAAGACAGAAAUUAAGGAAAAACUUCAUACAUAAAGUGUGUAACAAUGUUAUUGUGCUGCAUAUAAAUGUUAUUGCCCUUUGAAAAAUGAAAACAAGUUUAAAUUUGUCCAUCUGAUGCCAUUGUUAUGUAGUAUUGGGCUGACUUGUAUAAAGUGUGAAUAACAAAAGUGCAGUAAAGCAUGUGACACAUUCAUCUGAAACUAGAGUUAUUUCCCUUUAAUAAAAGCUCAAGUUUGUCUAUCCAUGGCCAUUUUUUUGAAAUUUAAAAACUGACAUUUAAAUUGUAUGUUACUAAAGAGUCGUUAUUAUCAUGAGCGUGCAUGUUUUACCUGCAAUGGAUUUUCUACAAGAGUUAUUGGCCUGAAGUUGAUGAAAAAGGCGCUUCAGUUUGUCAAUGCAGAGCCAUUUCUGUGCAAUUGUUAGAUUGGAAUAAUAAUACUUGUUUGCAGAGUAUUGAACUAUUAGGCUGCGGUGAACCCUCAAGAUUCACUUUUAUCUGGAUUGUUGCCCUUUCAUUUUGAAAAUAGCUUCAAUUUGUCUGUUUGAGUCAUUAAUAAACGAAACCAAUUACAGAGUAUAUAACAAUAGUGUGAGGGUGCACAUAAUACAAAAAAUGUCUUUUGAAAAGAUAACUGAUAAUGUUUUUUGAUGCAUGUACAUGUAUUCUCUGCUUUAUUGUUUGAUACUCCAGGUUAGUAAAUAAACUAUGAUAUUUUUAACAGGUACGUAUUUGUCAAGAUUUGUUUAGAAUAUUAAAUUAAUUCCCUGUAUAUAUUAUAUAGAAUAAACAAGAUACGUAUAUAAUUUGAA